AUGAUGACCAACAACGACGACAUAUUUGAGGCCAAGGCUCUUCGAGGGAAACUGCCUGCCCCGCCUACAUUUACGACGAAGGUUGAAGAGCGAGAGUACAUCAAGUUCCGCCUCGCGCAAGCCUUCAGGAUUUUCGGAAAUCACGGUUAUGAUGAAGGCCUUGCGGGUCAUAUUACCGUCCGCGACCCGAUACGCUCGGACUGCUUCUGGGUCAAUCCCUUCGGACUCCAUUUCAAGCUGAUCCAACCCGAGGACCUUCUCCUUGUCGACCAUACUGGCAACAUUCUGGAGGAAGAGUCCGGGCAAAAAGAUGGGCCUUAUCGUAUACUGAACACUGCAGCGUUCAUGAUUCACUCUACCAUACAUUCUGCUCGGCCGGAUGUUAUGUGCGCGGCUCACACCCACUCGCUCUAUGGCAAAGCGUUUUCGGCACUAGGAAUUGAGCUCGAUCCUAUUACUCAGGAUGCCUGUGCAUUUUUCGAGGAUCAUACGGUUUACAAUCAAUACAACGGCCCAGUCUUCGAAGAACAAGAGGGAGGCGCUAUCGCAACUGCUUUGGGAAACAAGAAAGCUGUCAUCCUGCAGAACCAUGGCCUCCUCGUCGGCACGUCUUCGAUUGAGGCCACGGUUCAUUUUUAUAUCGCUCUCGAACGCGCUUGCCAGGUACAGCUUCUUGCCGACUCGGCUGCCGCAAACCAGUGUCCCGGAGGUAAAACAGUCAAGAUUCACCCUGACAAUGCGAGAGAGACUGGGCGAAUUAUGGGAGCACAGAGAGCAGGAUGGUUCAGCGGAUUGAUGGAGUUCAGUGUUCUGGAGCGGGAAGAGGGAGUGCGCUACAAGUGCAAAUAG